UCCGGGGCCCGGGCCAAUCGGCCGCGCCCCGCCUCCAGGGAGGUGGUGGAGGAGGGGGCUGGGGGCCGGCCGGCUGCGCCGCCUUCCGCUCGUGCCCAUUGGCUGAGGCCUCGAGGUGCCCCGAGACCGGAGCGCAGCUGGAUUGGCCGUAGAGACUUGUGACAGCGGCGCCCAUUGGCUGCGGCGGCCCCGUGACGCGGGGUGGUGACUGGCUCCCGGGUCUGAGGGGCUCCUGCUUGUCAGGUUCUAGAAAGCAUACCAGGAUACAAGUGACUGAAAAUGACGUCAUUGUUGGGAUAAACUUGAAUCUUCUCUGAUUUAUUGAGGAAACUCAUGUUUUCUGGCUAGACCUAUGAUCAUUCCGUGAGACUCCACUGAAAGUUGUAUCGUGUCUUCUUCAUCCCUAAUGUGUAAUGUUUCAACAUGGACCUGCUACUUUAGCUAAGAUAUGACCAACAAUGAAUAGUAGUAAGAUAUGCACUGACUAGAAGGCUUGCUUGUGCAGUGUGGAGGAUAAGACAGUGCCUUACAAAAAUGGGGUUUGGGAGUGACCUGAAGAAUUCACAUGAAGCUGUGUUAAAAUUGCAAGAUUGGGAAUUACGCUUACUGGAAACAGUGAAGAAAUUUAUGGCCCUGAGGAUAAAAAGUGAUAAAGAAUAUGCAUCUACUUUACAGAACCUUUGUAAUCAAGUUGAUAAAGAAAGCACUAUUCAAGUGAAUUAUGUCAGCAACGUUUCUAAGUCUUGGCUACUUAUGAUUCAGCAGACAGAACAACUUAGUAGGAUAAUGAAGACACAUGCAGAGGACCUAAAUUCUGGACCCUUACACAAGCUCACCAUGAUGAUCAAAGACAAGCAGCAGGUGAAGAAAAGUUAUAUAGCUGUUCAUCAGCAGAUAGAGGCAGAGAUGAUCAAGGUUACAAAGACGGAAUUAGAGAAAUUAAAAUCCAGCUAUAGACAAUUAAUAAAAGAAAUGAAUUCUGCCAAAGAGAAAUAUACAGAAGCUUUAGCUAAAGGGAAAGAGACCGAAAAGGCCAAGGAGCGUUACGACAAAGCCACGAUGAAACUUCAUGUGCUGCAUAAUCAGUAUGUAUUGGCAUUGAAAGGGGCACAGCUUCAUCAGAAUCAGUAUUAUGACACCACCCUUCCUCUGCUUCUGGACUCCUUACAAACGAUGCAAGAAGAAAUGAUAAAAGCACUAAAAGGCAUAUUUGAUGAAUACAGCCAGAUAACUAGCCUUGUUACGGAGGAAAUAGUGAAUGUCCAUAAAGAGAUUCAAAUGUCGGUUGAGCAGAUAGACCCUAGCACAGAAUACAAUAAUUUUAUAGAUGUUCACAGAACAUCAGCUGCUAAAGAGCAAGAAGUUGAGUUUGAUACCUCCUUACUAGAAGAAAAUGAAAAUCUUCAGGCAAAUGAGAUCAUGUGGAAUAAUUUAACAGCAGAAAGUUUGCAAGUAAAGUUGAAAACUUUAGCAGAGGAACUUAUGCAGACACAGCAAAUGCUAUUAAACAAGGAGGAGGCUGUCCUGGAGCUAGAGAAAAGAAUUGAGGAAUCUUCUAAGACCUAUGAAAAGAAGUCUGAUAUUGUGCUGCUGAUAAGCCAAAAACAGACACUUGAAGAGCUGAAACAGUCUGUGCAGCAGCUGAGGUGCACUGAGGCAAAGUUUACGGCACAGAAAGAAUUACUAGAGCAAAAAGUGCAAGAAAAUGAUGGAAAAGAGCCACCUCCAGUAAUAAAUUAUGAAGAAGAUGCACGGUCAGUUACAUCUAUGGAAAGGAAGGAGAGGGUAUCCAAACUUGAGUCUUUUCGUCACUCAAUUGCUGGACUAAUUAGGGGUCCAAAAUCUGCAUUUGGCUCUUCAACAUUUGAAUCGAUGCCCACAAUUGAGAAGCCCCUGACAGAACAGGAUUGGUACCAUGGUGCAAUUCCCAGAAUAGAAGCACAAGAUCUGUUAAAACAACAAGGAGACUUCUUGGUGCGAGAAAGCCAUGGGAAACCUGGUGAAUAUGUCCUUUCUGUAUAUUCUGAUGGACAAAGGAGACACUUUAUCAUACAAUAUGUUGAUAGUUUGUAUCGAUUUGAAGGCACUGGUUUUUCGAACAUUCCUCAACUUAUAGAUCAUCACUUUACAACCAAACAGGUCAUCACGAAGAAAUCAGGUGUUGUUCUGCUGAAUCCUAUUGUUAAGGAUAAGAAAUGGAUUCUCAAUCAUGAAGAUGUCACAUUGGGUGAAUUACUGGGCAAGGGAAAUUUUGGUGAAGUAUAUAAAGGCAUAUUAAAGGAUAAAACUGCUGUUGCUGUUAAAACAUGUAAAGAAGAUCUUCCUCAGGAACUGAAAAUAAAAUUUUUACAAGAAGCCAAAAUUCUCAAGCAAUACGAUCAUCCCAAUAUUGUCAAACUUAUAGGAGUUUGCACACAGAGACAGCCGAUCUACAUCAUUAUGGAACUGAUUUCAGGAGGUGAUUUCCUCUCCUAUCUGAGAAAAAAGAAAGAUGAAUUAAAAACCAAACAAUUAGUGAAAUUUUCAUUAGAUGCUGCUUCCGGUAUGUCAUAUCUCGAGAGUAAAAAAUGUAUACACAGGGAUCUUGCUGCAAGAAACUGCCUGGUAAGUGAAAAUAAUGUUCUGAAAAUCAGUGACUUUGGAAUGUCUCGCCAAGAGGAUGGGGGAGUGUAUUCAUCUUCUGGCUUAAAGCAGAUUCCCAUUAAAUGGACAGCACCAGAAGCUCUUAAUUAUGGGAGGUACAGUUCUGAGAGUGAUGUGUGGAGCUUUGGCAUCCUCCUCUGGGAGACCUUCAGCUUAGGGGUCUGCCCGUACCCUGGAAUGACAAACCAACAAGCACGUGAGCAGGUGGAAAGAGGGUACCGGAUGUCAGCCCCUCAGUAUUGUCCAGAGGAAAUCUUUAAAAUUAUGAUGAGGUGUUGGGAUUAUAAGCCUGAGAACCGCCCCACGUUCAGCGAACUCCAGAAAGAGCUCAGCGUCUUCAAGAAGAAGUUAACAUAGUGCCGGGCGGGGCCGGACGCAGCCUUCAGACAUCCCGUUCUCUCGUUUGCAAUGAGUUUGUACCACGUCACCUGCACCAGUCUGCUAAGGUUAUUUUUUUAUUAACUGUUUUUUAAAAUAUGUGCCACUUAAAAAAGAAAAAAAGGGCAAAUGCAUUUAAGGAACAGACAGUCCUACCAAGGGCUUUAUUAGCUCAUGAUAGCGAUCCUGAUCCUGCCACUCCAGGCCACUGUCAUAGAAAAGCACAGAGCUCACGUGAGGGAGAACAGAUGUUUUUCACACCAAGACCGCUGAUGCUCCUCAAAGCUUUGCUACUCCAGGCCCUGGUCACGGGCCGCGUCGGUGCCACAGACCUGACUCACUCGGUGCUAGAAGCUGCCCAGGUAACGCCCUGUUUGCAGGACACCUUCCAGCGGAAGCUGGCCCUCUGCUCUGCCAAGGCAAGAUUACAUUUGUAAACAUCGUUUUCUAUCAGGAAUUAUUUGGCCCUCCUGGGUUUGUUUGUGUGUUUGUUUUAAUGGCCAGAAAUAAGUGCAGUGUAAGAAUUGUCACACUCCUGUGUUAGUAGUAAGGUUGUCAGUACCCGCCUCUGUUUGGGCAUCAGAAAACCAUGCACGGGAUGUCCUCAAACAGCACACUCAUAGCGUCGAGGCAGCAGCUUUUAAAGGAUGCUUUGGAGAGCUGCGACAGCAAGAAGUCAGGACGGGGAGGGUGGUCUGGAGAAAAAGAGCAGCUAGACAGGGGAUCAGAGAAGAGAUGGAAAACAUAAAAUGUCUUCCUGUCUAAGCUAUGCCUUUACAAACAUCAAACACCUUUUAUUUUUAUGGUCUGAAUUCACAAAACAGAUUCUAAGAAAUGAUUUUCAGGAGUUCAUAGAUAAAGCUUUCUUAAUGGCAACAAAAAAAUUUUUAGAGAAACUACAAAGCACAAGCCCACAAAACCAACAGCAUGCUUUUGGUGAAGUACCUGCACCUCCUCCCAGCAUUUAAUGCCCUGCACUGGUGCCAUUUCCUGAGCUGUCAGAACUUCAUGACCCUAGUUCAGAAACACACUCGUGUGCACCUACACACACACUACACGAAGCAAGGCAGGUGUGGAUGAAGACAGAUGGACACUAUUGAGGAAGAAAAUCCAGGACAGCCUCCUAUCUUCACUUUCCCCCUUUGUGACCCCUCUACUGCUACCUGAAAACCCUUACCUUAGCAGGCAGGUGUGCAAGCACUGUGCUGGAGAUGCUUCCUAGGAAUACGUAACAGUUACAUCUAGGAUUCUGUCGAGCUAAACCUUUGCUGCAUCCCGGGACCUCACCCCAAGUUCUGUACAUAGUCACCGCUCAGGAUCGGUGUGGGUGGAGAGAUGGUCAGGCUCAGGGGUACAUGUGGCUCAGGAGCUGUAAUAGUGCUCAGGUGUGUGUCCAGACAAAGCGCACCUCUGUGACUGUUUGGUCCUUGUUUAUUGGAAGAGCUUAUUUAUGGGAAAGAAAAUCCCUCCUGUCCUCUUUGGCUGUUUGCUGCCUGUGAAUAUCACUGCAUGGAACUCAAACCCAGCACUCUAAACAGUAGGAAGGAUAAUACUGAAGAGAAAAAUGGCUUGUCUAUCAUUUCAAUCUUCUUGCAAGUUUUGUACACAUUUAAUGAUUACUACAUUCAGACUAAAACAAAAGCAUAAUAAACUUGGCCUCAAAAAUAUAUUGCAAUAUUCAAGCAAUUUUUUAAAAAUCAGAACUGUUUUCCCUUCUGUCAGAUAUUGUAAAUAAAUGGAACCUUGUUUUGAUGGCAUACACUGUGAUAAAUCAGGGCACAGACUUGGGAAUUAAGUGCUAUGGUCUUCAGGCCCCGGCCAGCCUUCAGUCAUUAGAGUAAGGUGGGGACAUUUGCACCCUUCACCAGUAUUUCUAAGGGAAUCUUUCCAUAAUACUCUUAUUUAUAGCAACUGGCCUCCCAUCACUUAGCAGCUUCACUGCUAAGCUUCAGCAAGGAGAGAGAAGGAUGGUUUGGGCUGUAAUUUUGUGAACACGACCUGAAGCUUAAUCUUUGCAUUCUGGUUUGAAGAAGGAAUAUGGCAUUGAUAUUUCACUCACCCUGGCUGAUAGAAUUUACAGUUCACAUCAUAACUCUGUGCUUAAAUUAAAACAGCUUUCAAAACACCGUGACAUCUGCAGCAUUUAAAUUCCACUGUAUUCUUUGUCCCAGAGCAGGCGGUGGUAUAGUUCAGGAUUAAUAACUCAUGGGGAGUCUUUCAGGAUCAUAUCAGUUGUAAAGAAUAUUAAAUUUAAUAUAGGUACAUGCACCAAGAAAAACUUAUGCAAGCCAUCUUUACUGUUAAUUCUCCUGUACUUAAAGCAUAAUUUAUUCAUCCCUUCUGUCACUGAUAAUUAUUGGAAUUAUGUACUCUAGGUAGCUAAUCCAUAACCAAAAUGCACACGUAAGUACUGUUCUGAAUUUGCAACUUGAUGUAGGAAAAGAAGGCUUCAGAAAUGCACAAAAUCCCGUGACUUGUAAGAAAACAGUUGUAACCAAAAUUGCCACCGGUCUGAAUGUAAUUAAGCCAGGUUGCAAAUCUUUGUGUUGUUAAUGGAUUUUUCAAGAGGUGCAUUUAUCACUCCCAUACAGUUCCUGUCAUAAUUUCUUAAAUUUAUGAAUACGAAGGGGGUGGGAGUGUCAGGCAGUCUGAAUCUCACCUACAUUUUUCUACCUUGAAUCACUAAGGAGCCUUUAUGAAAAAUAUUUAGCUAGUUUAUCAUUUUUCAAGGAAAGAAAUCUUUUAAUGUCAUUAACAUUUAUUACCAACAUGUGAAAACUAAGAUUAAUUUUGUAUUCGAGUAAUCAGAGUUUACUUCCAAAAGCCAGGGUAUUCCUUCUUUUCCGGGAAAAUAAUAAUAAAAGAUUAAGAGGUUUUAUUUACACUUUCAAAACUGGAGGCUGUAUUUUAGCUGUCCUGCCACUAGGUCCCCAGUAAAAGGCCUCAUCUAAUCAUUUCUCUCUUGUCUCCCAAAUAUAAGCAAUAAAGUUCUUCAUUCAUAAUUCACCAUUUUAUCACAAAUAAGUAGAUCAGCACAGACCAUGAGCUACUGUUCAGCGUGCAUUUCACAAUUGUUUUUUCAUUUGAGGGUUAUUUUAAAAAGAAAAAAAAGAAAAAACGUUUAGUCACCGAAAUAGUUUCAGUUUUCUUCAAACCACAAUAUGGUUUUCUUGUCUAUGUUAUAUUCAUGUUUCAGUGUUGCCAUAUAACUUAAUACAAAGUUUGGUUAACACCACUGAAAUAACUAUGCUUCACAAUACUGGUGUGAGAUUAAAUCAGAAGAAAGUGUUCUAAUUAUAAUAGAUGUUACACACUGAGGACCUUCUAGUGGGAUAAACAUAAAAAUUAGAAUGCAGCCACAAUACAUGUCCCACCUUAUCCUGCAUCCCUGUGAGUCACUAGAUAUUCUGAGGGUGUCCCGGGAAACCUUGCUUAGUCGAUGCUCUUAGUGCACUGUUAUGUGGCCUGUGACUGAGAGUAACUGAAAAGAGGUUGUUUGCCUCCGCCCUCUUUAUUUUUCCCCACACACUCCCUUGAUCACACAGUAUUUAAAAUGUUUCUUAUCAACAAAAUUGAUUGUCCAUGAGCACUGAGUCAUGUAGAGACUGGCUUUUGUAUUUAGGAGGCCAGAGCUCUCACACAAAACAGAGAAUAAUGCAAAAUAAAAAGAGCAGAUAAUUGAAAGCCACUUUUCCUUAGGUAUUAAUAUGUUAAUUAAAUGGAAACAAAGAUAUUUUUUUUAUGAAAAUGAAUUUAUAUUACUUUUCCAUUAUACUAUUAAGUUAGCGUGAAAGUUUACCAUUAAAAUAAAAUGUUACCUCUUUUAUUACUAACUUUGACUUGCUUAUACAUGGCAGAAUUUUAUUAAAUAUUUUAAUUUUAUUUAUUUUUCUGUUUUGAUGAGUUUAUAUCAAGUGUGAAUACUAUAUUAUUUGGGAGCACCUAGAGCUGCAUAUUCAUUUGUGCAAAAGAAAGUAGUCAUGUACCAAGAUUACCUACUUGAAAGAGAUUGGUACAGUCCCAUAAAAUUCUCCUUUAAAAAAUAGUGCCAUAAUAGCAAAGAUGUAUAAACUAUAUGCCUUAGUCAUAAUUCAAUUUAAGGAAAUAUUUAUUACCCCUUGAAAACCAUCCUGCUGCCUCAUGCUGAUUCAAAGAUUAUAUUCUGAACUGUAAGUUUAGACACUAAGACAUACUUAACUGCCUAAUAAGGACUGAGAUUCUUGGGUGGUAGAAAAAUCUGCUAUUCUGAAUUCCUAGUCACUUAAACAGCGGCAUGGUAAUGAGCACAGGCUUCAGUCCAGGGAUCUGAGGCUAGACGUCUGAAGGCAAAGAGGAAAGAACCCGUUAUUCCAACACUGGGCAAUGCCACCCUAUGGAGGGUGUGGAAUAAUUAAAGUGGAACAAAGACUUGGACGAUGUCCCUAGAAAGCCUACGGAAAACAGUGCCACCAAGCCAGAUCCUUCCUACAGGAAAUUGAAAAGGUUUUGGGGCCAAAAGGAGGAAAGGUGGUCACCUGCCAGCACAUGGGCCUUUGCCCGAGUGGACCACACACCUCUUCCCGUGCGUUUGGAGUUUUAUGUCCCUGGCUCGGAGAUGCUGCUGUGCUGGGCGACAUUUGUACUCACUGUCCUGCCCACUAAAGGAUUGCGUCAGAUGUCUUCAAACCUUUAGAGAGACUACUCAAAGUGUCUUUACGUGUGCAUUAGUUAUAUUUAAUAUUUCUUAAACCAAGAUCACUGAUUAUUCAUACCUUAUUGGGAAUCUUUGCUUGCAGUGGAGCUUAACCUAGGCUAAUCUGAGGAAAGCAUGCUCAUGCCAGCCCUCGUUCACCUUGUGACUAAUGCUAACUAAUUGGCUCCUAGAGUUACCCCCACAGGGACCUCACUGUGAUGAGCUCUACUCUCAGAAAACAUGGAAUUAAGCUGGAGGGAGACACCCAGACAGCAGACUAAAGGACAUGAAGGGCAGUAACAGUGCCACCCAAAGUGACUCGGAGGCCAACCUCCGACAGGUAAAUGCAGCAUCAGUAAGGGGAAGCUGAUCCUCAGAAGAGGGUUUUGAGGCGCUUCCUGCUGCAUGCUUUACGUAUUACAAGCCUCUCAAGUCGCUACAACGUUUAUUAAAGAGCACUGAAUUGGAUAUUGAUUUUCUUUAUGAUCCCCAUAAUCUCAGGAGGCGGCCCCUGUGGAAUGAGAAUUACCCUCGCUCAGUUUUCCUGUAAGGCCUCGGGCAGGACAGUGUUCCGCACACUCCCUGAGCCACGGGACUCCCUGAGCCGCGGGACGCUGAGCAAAGGCACACGCCCGAGGUAGGCAGCAGUGUGGGAAAUUUGCUGUGAAAGCUGCUACUUUUUAUUUUGUUAAAGAAAAAAUAUCUUGCAGUGUCUAUGCCUGCAGCAUGAAGACAGACUUAGCUUUUCUCCAUGCCCGCAAACUAGCAAGAGCCCCAGAACAAGAAUAUUUAGGAUUCACUCUGAAGAUCCGAAUCCUGACUUUCUAAACUAUCUCCCCAAACAUUACCAUGGAGGCCAGCAGGUGUGAGUGUUCUCCAAAGUGAGGAGGUGCCCUACGUGACAGUCAGGACCUGGAGCAGAGGGUUGUAAUGUUUUCCCUCAGCUUCAUCCAUUCACAAGCUCUUCUUAAACAUCUGCCAUGUCAGGGGCAAGGAGCCUUGCUAGGUGUUCGUUUUUCUGCUUGUUUUUGUUUUGUAGUUUUUUUGGUUUUGGUUUUUUACUUCUGGUUAGUAUUUCCUUUUCUCAUAUUCAGUUUUUGAAUCCUUACUUUACCCAAACAGAAAAGCCUUUUAUGGUGGGCUUUUAUCAGAUGGUCUCAUAAUUGGCUUAGACCAAAGAGCUUCUCCUCAGGUGCUCAGGAGGCCCCUGCCUUCAGAGGAACUCCCAGGCAUCCAUUGCUAGGCCAACUGCACACCCACACCCACUAUGCGAGAGCCCAGGGCAGAAGCAGCGUAGAACACAAAGCCUUGCUGUGGUUUCUGGAGACAGAGGAUUAGGUGGCAGAUGUGCGUGAUGACUGACACUGUCCAUAGAGGAGGGAGAUUUUCCCAGGCAGAACGGUCGCGGUGAGCUGAUGCAGCCUGGGCAGCAGCCUGUUGGCUUGACUGAGUAAGCUCAUUGGGUGACCUACCUCCCAAGAAAUGUUAAAACACUAACAGUGAUUACUGCACCUUAUACCCCUGGACAUAUUCAAUGUUUCCAUUCCACCCUUUACCAUUUUUAUUUUUUUCACACCCCUCUUGUCAGAAAAUAUCUGAAAUUGGUAUUUCAGUUAUGCCACGGUAAUGAGUUUUCCCAUAGCUUCAGAAAAAAUGGGUAGCAAAUAUGAAGGCCUGAGUUCAAAAUAAGCCAGUCAACCUAGAUACAAGACUCCAAAGCACCGCUGGGUUAAAACAUCAGCUCUUCUCUGCAAGUUCCCCAAAGCAGUGCCCUCCCAAGAAAGCCACCUGCUCCUAUUUGUCAAGAACAUCUUGACUCUCAGAACCAGCACAUUCUAGGCCCCAUCCACAGCAGAUUCUAAAAUGACAGCCUAAGAAGCCAGAGUUCGAUCCCUGAAACAGAAACAUACCUUACUCCAGUGCGCCCGGGAAGCAUCAGUGCAAACGCUCUAACUGGCAGUCCAUCUGCUCACAGAAGAUGACACCUUAUUUGAAAGCUAGGAAAGCUGUCAGUAAGAAAUAUCAACGUCUGAGCAACACAGGGUAAGUGUAAGAUGGCCUGAAAAAUAAUCCCGGUUCCCGCACUGGAGCAGCAAAACCCUGAGAAUGAAAAGUGAGGAAGUGUAUGACUCCCAACACCUCAUGAUUAAUUUUUUUUUCAUGUAGAUCUUGUCAGAUAGUACAACCUUGGGGUCUUCUUUUGAGUUGCAUGAACAAUCUUUAUGAAACAAACAAAGCAGAAUUCCUCCCAAAGGGGCUUAAAUUUCUAAAUGCCCUGCAUUCAGACCCUUGGGGGUUGAGAGGGAAUCUAAAUCAUUCCUGAGAUCCCAGGCGUUCUGGUAGUCUUCGCUAGCUCACUAAUCCAAUGCUUUUGUUAGUUUGAAACACAGAAGGGAGGAAGAAAAAUGCCAUAUUAUGUAGAAAUUUUCUUUUCUACUUGGUAGAAAUAGACUUGCCUGCCUGCUCUUAAGGAAUGCCAGACUGUGGUAAGCAAAUGCAGAGGGCCUGGUGCCCAGAGCCGUGCAUGCUUCAUAGGACUGUAAUGUCUUCCCCUCACCCACGUACAGCAGUUCCUACCUAUAGACCGUGGGAUGGCAUAGAGGCCUCUCCCCUGCCCGUCUGAUCUGCUUCGCUUCAGCUACAAGCAGAAGUCCAAUUCCAACAGCAGUGAACCAAUUUGCCCUAAUUCCUCCUCGGAUGCUAGGCCUUUCACACUGGCCAUGUACAGAAAAUAUACAUGCUUUAGUGGAGUUCACUAUUUUUGGCUUUAGUGUCAAAGAGAUUGAUAGGAUUCCCCCGAUUGCCCAUAACAAGUAUAUCUUAUAAUCUUAGGAUCCUAAAUCCAAUCCUAGGCUUAGUUUCUGUGCAUCAAAUCAAAAUCAGAGAUAAGGAUGAACUGGUAGGGAGGGGUCUUGGUUAUUUCAAAUUCAUGACCAAAGUAGCCAAAGACACGAAACCGCCUUUCACGUGAUGAGCAUCUCACACUUUGUGCACUCAGAUACCCACUACCAUCCAGUGACAUAAUCGGACCCUCGCCAUGCACCAACGCCUGAACUUUACAUGGGCCAUUGCUUCAUAAAACAUUGAGCUUUUUCACUGAAUCAACUUCAUAAGUCAGACAUCUAGAAAGCUUAUGUGUAAUUUAUAUUUAAAGGCAUUGCAUUGGAUGGCCUAAUUAAGCAACAUGAGUGUAGUGGGGGUUGGUGGUGGUGUGGUUCCUGCUAACUUUAACUUCUGGUUUUCUUUGUAUUUUUCUUGGUUUGGUCUGAUAAGUACCCUAAGACUGGAAUUCUCCAAGGCAUCCAAACCAUACAGCCACAUAGGGUUAGAAAAAGCCAGGUAAAUACAGGAGAAUAAAAUAAAGUUGUCCAAGUCCGAAGAACAACACUGACUUCAGGAACCUAAGCAAACUGAAAGCAAGACCCAGUGUACACAUGAUGCCCAGGCCAUUUCCUGGGCAGCCCUGGCCUGAGGCCCUGCUACCUUCCUGGCACAGGCCCACGCAAGUGGCUGCGGGAAUGUCAUGUUCUGGUUGCUUCCUCUCCUCUUGUUAGAAGAUGAGUUUGGGGUGAUGGGUGGGCGUGGAGCCUGCCCCGCCUCCCCCCACCCCCACCCCCCCAGGUACAAAUGUUCUGUCUAUAAGCAACAUUUUAAGAAAGCACUCCUGUGGUCUACACAGAUUCCUUUUAGCACCAAUGUUGUCAGGUUAAAGCACCUUUAGUCUUUUUUGUGAUUGCUUUAAAAUAAUAUAUUUUGUGAAGGGGAUAAAAGAAACACUGGAAAUAGGGUGCUUCUUAUAAAAAGUCCAAGUGUAAAACAUACAAGCAGGGCCUGUGGUGAGUUUCUCUGGCUUGUAAGCAAGUCUGAAAAUGAAUGGGGCUAAGUAGAUAAAGCAGCCCGUUGUCUUUUACCAUUUUUAACUCAGAUCUGUAUUUAACACUUAUUUAUUUGUUAGUUUUUUUUACAUUCAGAAAAAAUACACUUUGAACUUUGACUAACAUUGUAGAAUGUUUUUAAAUUGUCUUCUACUUUUUUAAAAGGUGAUUUCAUCAUUUUUGUAAACAUUGAUCAUUUUUGAAUAGUUUUCUUUUCCAAUGGACCAAUUACCACUUACAGUUCUGCGGAAACUUUUUUUACUGUAUUCUUAUAAUAAAUGUAAAAUAUUUGUAGCAAA